CAAGCCAGUUAGUUCUCUCCCGGCGACAGAGAGGAGAGGACGCGCCCAGAAUCGCUCCGCUGAGAGGCCUGCGCUUUAGCUUCGAGAUCCCGCGCCCUCUUGUUUUUUUCUUUCAUUUAUAUCAUUCGGUGUUUAUUUUGGUACUUAGUUGCGAGUUUGUAACAGUCGAGGUUUGAUAUUAUAUUAUUUGUUUUGAAGAAAUCAGGUACUUACGCGCGCGAUAUAUGUAUGUAUUUUGUUUAAAUUUGUCGAAAUUUUGCCGAAGUAACUGAACGAAAUUUGACUUUUUCGUCGAUAAUUCAAAAUUCCUCAAGAGAGACAAAAGGCAGUCGACACCAACGCACCUCGACGAACGGAAACAUAAACAACAAAAAGAAUAAAACUAAUAGGCCUAAAGAAAAAGAAAAAAAAAAAAAAGACAAGCCCUCGGGAAAGAUAUACAUAAAAAAGGAACAUUAAAAAAAAAAAAAAAAUCUACAGAAGACACACAAGAGGAAUACAAAAAUAAAACGAAAGACAGAGACCGAAACAGAAGACAAGAAGCCAAUAAACCGAUAACUGAGAUAAGCACCGACAGCUAAUAAUUCAAACUGGCGCAGGAAAAGUACUUAGAGAAACCGGACAUGUCGAACAAGGUGAUGGAGACGCUGCAGUCCAAAAUGCGGCUCAGGAACCCCAUGUUUCGGGAAUUCUUGGCGGAAUUUCUCGGCACCUUCAUUCUGGUGAUAUUCGGCGACGCCUCCGUAGCGCAGAAGGUCCUGACCAAUGACGCCAACGGAGACUUCUUCUCGGUCAACUGGGGCUGGGGAGUGGCCGUGACCUUGGGCGUGCUCGUGUCGGGCGGGGUCAGCGGAGGUCACAUCAACCCCGCCGUGACCGUGGCCAUGGCUGUGUGGGGCAAGCAUCCCUGGGUCAAAGUGCCUGUGUAUGUUAUUGCCCAGUACCUCGGGGCAUUCCUGGCGUCGUCGGUGCUCUACGCAGUUUACUUGAGUGGUGGGCACGAUGCUGCUGCUGAUCUGCGUGUGCGCCAUCACGGACCCCCGCAACAUGGAGGUUCCUAAGGCCCUGAUUCCUCUCUUCGUGGGCUUCACCGUCCUCAACAUCGGCGUGUGCUUCGGCUUCAACUGCGGCUAUGCUAUCAACCCUGCCAGGGAUCUCGCCCCGCGCUUCUUCACUCUCAUCGCGGGCUGGGGCGAGCAGACCUUCACCGCCGCCACCAUCGACGGCAUCGCCUGGUGGUGGGUGCCCCUCGUGGCUCCUCACAUCGGCGCUGUGAUGGGCGUGGGCGUGUACCUUCUUCUGGUCGAACUGCACCACCCAGAGGCCCAGGAGUUCUCCCUGCCACACGUCCACCCGUCCCAGGAUACUGUGGCUAGUCUGGGCACAGAAGGAAAAUACUCCAGCAAGAAUAAAAUCAUGCAGCCUCAUCCAAAUUCUGAGGAUUCGACCACGCCCACUUACUAGCGCCGGUGCCACGUCCCUCCCCCGCCGUGGCCACGCCCCCUCCCUUCCAGCCGCGCACCUGAAGCACCUGUUCUCACACCUGUCAAGAUGGAAAUGAACCGUGUCACGUGACCUUGUGAUGUGCCACGUGGGAAUACAUGGGAAUUCCGUCACGAUUCUCCCAGCCAAGGCGUUCUGGUCGCGAAGGCAAGGCUCGGCACAUUAUGUACUGUACACCAUGCUUAUGUUAUCUCGCACACGUUAUUAUAGUUGUUUAGGUUUAUAAGAAUGAUUUCCGAAUACACACUUCUCCAGGUGUUGUUGCUUGGGAAUACCUGUUUGCAUUCCCUCCUUCUGAGUUUAA